AUGGGCGAGGGGGGCUUCCCGCCACCACCUCCUCCUCCCGGGGGCAGGAAGACCGCCGACUUCGGCACCCAGCAGCCGCCUCCGCUUUGACGGCGGCAUUUCCCGCCUCGCUGCCUCGAAAAGGCGCCGCCUGCUGCCCAUCCCCGCCCCUCUCUCUUCUUGCAGGGCCAGCCAGCCAGAGGUUUAUGGGGACAGACGGAGGCGCCUCGGCCGCCUUCUCUCUCUCUCUCUCUCUCCGGCGGCGGCUGCAGCCCGAGCCUCUGCAGCGCCGCCUUUUUCCUCAGCAGAAAGGAAAACACACACAACACGCACACGCCCCACACGCUCGCUUAGUUGCAACCGGUUUGUACCGGCCGCCGGCUCUGGCUGCCUCCACACGGCAGCGCCUCCCCGCCGGAGGAUGAAAGGAGCCCGGGAGGGCGGCGGGGGAGAAAGAGAGCUCGGCGCUGGAAGGCGGCCCGCGCGCCCACCGGCCGGCCGGCUAGCUGCCUCCCUCUCUCCCUCCAGCAGCCUCUCUCGGCCUGAGGGCGCAAAUAAACAGAGGGCCGCCCCCCGCCCUGGGGGUGGGUGGGAUCCCUGUCGCCGCAGAGCGAGCCUUCCUUGCUUGCCACCCCCCCCCCCGGGACGGCGGCAGGUAAAUAGAGGGGUGGGUGGGGCGACAGAGGGAGAACCCCGUGGGAAUAUUUGGGGGGCUGGGGUCGCUGUGUCACGCUGGGGGCUGGAGCGGGAGGGGCAGCAACUUUAGCAGCAGCAGGGAGGUGGAGGGAAUUAAAAUAUUUAAAAAAGACUGCCUGGACUAGGGAUGUGGUGCAAAGGGGAGCCAGCCCGGAGACUGCAGCAGUGUCGUGGGCUGCAGACGCGAGGAGGUUUCUGCAAGCCCUGAUUGAGCCGCUUGCUGUGCUUUUUAAGCGAGCAAGUCGCCCCCCGCCCCAAAACAACGAGCAAGCGCAGGUCGCCGCCAAGAGAGCACAUAGCUUUUGCUCAGGUUGCUUCUGCAGGUUGCAGAUCUGCCCCCCCUUGGACGUCCCCCCCCCCCCUUGGACGUAGUGGGAUUCGCUGCUGAGCAAGCAUGCCUUGGACUAUGAUGUUAAUUAACUUCUUCUCUUUUUUGCAGUAAUGCUAUGGCAGGGCAGCGAAAGCUUCAUUUCCUGGUUGUCUGCACCGGGGGAUUCUAGCCAGCUUUCGUGAGGUUAACUUGCUGAUAUUUGUCCUUUCUUAGGCUUUUCUCUCCCCCCCCCCCCCCCGUACGGAGCUUAAUACUAAAAACUCAUGCAGGCUGUUUCAGCUUGUUAUCCCGUAAACCUCCCAUGUGCAUUGAUGGCCAUUGUAUAAACAAGCAGGAAUAGAAGACGCAGGGUUCUUAAAAUUCCUCAAGUUUUGGUUAGAACUGUAUGUUGUGGACAAUUAGCGCACUAUUCCCAAGUUAAUUUUGCCCCUGCACACUGUACCCGCUGUCAUCUGGAAGAAGCAUGCUUGUUUUAUGUUAUGUGAACGCAAGGUGUUUCCUGUGGUUAAUGAGCUACAACUGUCAAAGGUGGUUGUCCCACCAGUGACACAUAAGCAAAAAAGCUGCAUAUGUUCUGGGAGAAGGAAAUGUUAACACUGCUAAAUAGGCUACUUUUGGAGUUUGGGUCUCAGGCUGGUGCUAAGGAGUCCCAUUGAUGGUUUAACCAACUUUAAAUAUAAUUUCGACAGAACACUUAAUACAUUACUGCCAUGUUAUCUUAUUUGCCCUUGCAAGACUCUUGCUCUUUUUACUGAUGGAAGACCUAAGAGGUAGUUCCCCUUCAGUCAUCUGCUGAGUGCCAGGAUUUGAAUCCAGAGUGCAGAGUCCAAAUUUCUUUCCAAUAAAUUCCUUUUCUUUGGUCAUAGUUCCAGGAUAAGCUGCAAGCUCAUCCCUUAAACGAGAACGUCACAGUGCCUUAAGGACAACAAGGUGUUCCUUUAUUUAAAGGUACUUUAAUUUCCAUAUAGGUUUAUCGUGUCCCCUCUUUUUAAAAUUUCAUUCUGGAAACUUAAUUAAGUGUUAUUGUUAACAUUCAAGCAUGAGGAUAUCACUGUGUUUAAGCCUAUCCUCAGCUUGCCUCAAGAUACCCUGAGAGUUAAAGGGUAUAAAUGUGUUGAGGCUGAAGUGCAUGUUGUCUUAUGACGGCCUGGAGUUCAGUGUGUGUCUCUGGAAGUUAAGAUUAUUUUGAAGCUUCAUUUUAUAAAGCCAGUUGUAUGUCUGAGGAGGUUUUCUACUUCACAACUUAGUGUUAAAAUACUAGAACUGGUCCCCCCCCAUUAAAAAUAACCCCUCCCAUGUUGCUUAUUGGUUUGCCCCCUGAUGGCACACCAGUAUUCUUGAAGGCCGUCUUUCAUUAGACGAUGAUUUUGGUGGUUUUUUUUUGUCAGCUGUGGACUAAGUAAGGAGACAGUCUUCCUGUUUAUGUUUUUUUGUUGUCAGUUGUGGAUUAAGUAAGAAGGAAGGAUUGGAAACAUCAGGAAGCAGAUAUGCCAGAUACUUAAGGCUGCAUUGCUAAAGUUAGCUGACUUGCUGUGACCGCUUCUGGUAAGUUAAACCCUUUUCUUUAAUUAUCCUUGCAUUUCCCACAUUUUCCUCUGCUUGUGUGCCACCCUUUCUCCAAGAUGCUCAGGGUAGGAUAUGCAGGAUUAUCUAAUUUUAUCCUCCCAACAACGCUCUCUCUCUCUCUCUCUCUCUCUCUCUGUGUGUGUGUGUGUAUCUAUGAGAGAGAGAUGGAUGGAUGGGUGGAUAUCCAGUGAGUUUCAUGACCAAGUGGAUCUUUGAACCCAGUUUUCAUGUGUACUUGACUAAAACUCUAUCCUAUAACAAGGCAGAAAUUCAGCUACAACCAACUAGUGGUUCACAGAAUUCUUACAAGGAAUGUUGGACUAUGUGAACCUUGGGUCUCCUCCAACAAAACACUUCUUACGUUAAGCAAGAAUGCAUGUUCAGGAUCACUUAGUGCAGAUUAGUUGUGCUUUAACUGUUCAGAGGUCUUGAUUAUUCAGUUCUGCUGUGCAAAUUGAAAGCACUUUAGUGGGCCAUGGGGAAUCUACUUUAAAAACCAAACAGUAGACCAAGAAACACUAUAGUUGGUAACUCCUGCACAAUAUUAUAUUGGUUGUCAUUGUUUUUUUUCACUCUGUGUGCAUGGUGAGCUGUAUAGCAUUGCCUUGAUCUGACUUCUAGAUAAAAUAAGACUGCUUCCCUCAGUUAACCAUUGUUACCUAAACAAACACAACUAAAUCAAUGCAAACAUUUAGUGGUUAUUUUCUAAAGGUAUUUUCAGCUGUUUAAUGUCGGGUGUCAUGAAAGCUCAGUACAACCUCCCCUCAGUCUUAUUAGUGCAAUUCCGUGUAGCAUUGCAUUAUUUCUAUGCUACUGUUUAUCAGUUUGACAGUUUUUUUGGGGGGAAAGACACUUGGCAAAAACUUAUUGUGAGUGAAUAGAAAUGUCUGAAAACAGGAACAAUAAUCCUCGUGCUCUGCUUCUCUGCACAAAGUGUUGAAGUGGAAAUAAUUAGUUUCUGUUUAACCAAGAGCGUGAUAGGAUUGUAGGCUAUUGAGAACAGUGCUUUCUAGAGUGUUGGGCAAGAGAUGUUAAAUUUGUUAACCACAAACGGAAAACAGAUUUUAUCUGGAAACCAGGUAACGUAAAGGAAGUUCACUUAUUAGUGAUCUCUGAGAAUGUGUAUUGUUUGUCAUAAGCAGUUCUGAAGUGGUUUGGAGAUACUGUGAGGUAAUAAAUAGUUUAGAUCUGUGUAUCACUUAAGAGGAAGUUUGCCGUAUGGGGAAGGCGUAGGAGAACAACCCUAUAAAACCCUGCAUCCCUUCUUUAAAACAAGAACCUAGUUGCAAGGACUUACUGAAAUGGACACGAGACUCUGAAAGGAGCCGACAUGGAUUGUGGCAUGUAAGAUUACAGCUUUCAGAUGUUAGACUUUGUAACUAAGAUGUCAGCAGGCAGCUUGAUUCAAGAAGCCAUUGGAAAUGCUUCUUGCUAUUUAGCAAUCCAGUGAUGUGCUUUUUAUUUAUUUAAACUGUAAGCUCAUUUCCUCCUCCUGGAGCCAUGAAAUGUGAAUUGGGAAUACAUUUUUAUUUUAUGAAAUCUAGCCUUUGGUAGGUAGACUAGGGCCCUAAUCCAGUGAGUGUGAAUGUUUUAAGUUGCACUGAAACUAAUGGCACAAGUUAGUCACAGCUAUCUGGUAUCCAACACUUUCACUGGGACUUACCUGAGUAAGUUCCUUUAAUCAUUAGGACUUACUUCCUGAUGGGAUAGGUAGAAUCAAGUUGCAUGCCAAAACUUAACUUUAGUAGAAACAGGGCCAAGUAUAGAGGAGUUAAAUAUUUUGUUUACAGUUUUCUGAUUACCAAAGAAAUAAGACAACUGAAUGAAAGCUUUAAAAGAGAACAGAGAAAUCCAUGGAAAUUGAUGAAUAUGACUAAUGUGAGUCCAUUAAUUUCAGUGUGCCUACUGUGACUAGAAAUUAACUGGAUGCAACCCUAUUUUUUCAGUAGCAAUGGUUAGAAAUAUUGAAUGGUCAGCAAUUGCGAAGGCAAUAAUGCUAUGAGUAAAACGCCACCAAUGACUAACAUAAGAUUUUCAAAUGUCAUAAUAUUAACUUUUGGUCAUUCGUAUUUUAGUAACCAUGAACUCUUGUACACUUCUCAAGUCUGGUAUGAGGUUCUUUUGAUACUUAGCCUUCUACCCUCUUAGCCCCACUGCAUACCAGUACAAAUGUAAACAUUGGUACAAAUCAUGGCACCUUACACCUGUGGUCUCUUGGACUACUGCAAUGUGCUCUAUGUGGGGCUACCUUUGAAGGUGACCUGGAAACUACAACUAAUCCAGAAUGCGGCAGCUAGACUGGUGAGUGGGAGCGGCUGCCGAGACCACAUAACACCGGUCUUGAAAGACCUACAUUGGCUCCCAGUACGUUUUCGAGCACAAUUCAAAGUGUUGGUGCUGACCUUUAAAGCCCUAAAUGGGCUCUGCUCAGUAUACCUGAAAGAGUGUCUCCACCCCCAUCGUUCUACCCGGACAUGGAGGUCCAGCGCUGAGGGCCUUCUGGCGGUUCCCUCACUGCGAGAAGCCAAGUUACUGGGAACCAGGCAGAGAGCCUUCUCGGUAGUGGCACCCGCCCUGUGAAACACCCUCCCACCAGAUGUCAAAGAGAACAAUAACUACCAGGCUUUUAGAAGACAUCUGAAGACAGCCCUGUUUAGGGAAGCUUUUUAUGUUUGGACUACUGUAUUUUAAUAUUUUGUUGGAAGCCACCCAGCGUGGCUGGGGAAACCCAGCCAGAUGGACAGGGUAUAAAUAAUAUAUUAUUAUUAUUAUUAUUAUUUAUUAUGUAGGUUGGCAGACCUCUAGCAACUUUUCGCGGGGAUGCUUCAUGCCCCCAACCCCAUGCAUCAAGCUGUUUUUGGAUGGGAUAUUUGUUUUUUGGGGGAGCUGCUAUAUUUGCUUGUUUAUUUUGUUUGCAAAGAGAAGUAUAAAAACAACCCCUACUUCUCAUAAAAUAGCUAAGAUAGUAUGGUGGCUAAAAGUGUGAUCUGGGAAGAUCCAGUCUUGCCUGUUAUAGCUACAGACUAACUUGAAAGGGUUCAGGCAACUUACUGUUUCCUUAGUCUCAGCAACCCAGACUGCAAUAUGGGGUUAUACUGGCCUUUUUUACAAUUGGAAGGGUUCUUGAGAUAGGUGUACAUGAAGUGAACAUGUGGGAUCCAUUACAUAAAUGUUGUUUGUUGGUCAAAAUUAUGUAAUACUCAGUUCCAAACAUUGGGUUUAAAGGUCAAUAUCUAUCUUAUCUAUAGGGGGGGGGGGAUUGAUUAUACAUUAAGGACAAGUCAUUGCCAGGCAAUAAAUAAAAUCAACCGUCACCUUAGAGUUCUGUAAAUCAUUAUAAAAUAUUGCAAGUUUCAAAGCUUACUUUCAUUGACCUCCUUUUUACUUUCCUUCGGUCCAAGGCUGCUGUCAAGAGCUUGAGUGAUGAUAGGAGUUGGGCCAUGAUUUUUCUUUCUGUCUGCUUGUUCCAGAGAAUAUGAUCUUUUGAAGUUGGUAUGAAAGUGUAUAAAAAUCAACUUCAUACCAGAAUUUCCUAUUUCCAUGUUCAUUUCCUCUACUUGGUACAGUAAGAGUUGCUUUGGUUUCAUGAACCUGAUAUUUCUCUGCAGGUUGAAUUGCCAAAUACACCAAAAACAACAUGUUCUAGAAGACUGA